AUGGAAGAACUCACGGCGUUCGUCUCCAAGUCUUUUGACCAGAAAGUGAAGGAGAAGAAGGAAAUCAUAACGUACCGGGAGGUGCUGGAAAGCGGGCCGCUGCGCGGGGCCAAGGAGGCGCCGGGCGCCGAGCCGGGCCGCGACGAGCGCAGCAGCCCGGCAGUCCGGGCGGCCGGCGGAGGCGGUGGCGGCGGAGGAGGAGGCGGAGGCGGAGGCGGAGGAGGCGGAGGAGGAGGAGGAGCAGGCGGAGGAACAGGAGGAGGGCGCUCUCCUGUCCGGGAGCUGGACAUGGGCGCCGCCGAGAGAAGCAGGGAGCCGGGCAGCCCGCGGCUCACCGAGGGUAGAAUGAGGUCGAGGCAGGCUAAAAUCCGGGCUAUGUUCCUUCUCCUGGCUGACGCCUUUAGGUUCCUAGUGUCCCCGGAGCUGAAGGAUCGCAAAGAGGAUGCGAAAGGGAUGGAGGACGAAGGCCAGACUAAAAUCAAGCAGAGGCGAAGUCGGACCAAUUUCACCCUGGAACAACUCAACGAGCUGGAGAGGCUUUUUGACGAGACCCACUACCCUGACGCCUUCAUGCGCGAGGAGCUGAGCCAGCGGCUGGGCCUGUCCGAAGCCCGCGUGCAGGUUUGGUUUCAAAAUCGAAGAGCUAAAUGUAGAAAACAAGAAAACCAACUCCACAAAGGCGUCCUCAUAGGGGCUGCCAGCCAGUUUGAAGCUUGUCGAGUCGCACCUUAUGUCAACGUAGGUGCUUUAAGGAUGCCAUUUCAGCAGGAUAGUCAUUGCAACGUGACGCCCUUGUCCUUUCAGGUUCAGGCGCAGCUGCAGCUGGACAGCGCCGUGGCGCACGCGCACCACCACCUGCACCCGCACCUGGCGGCGCACGCGCCCUACAUGAUGUUCCCGGCGCCGCCCUUCGGACUGCCGCUCGCCACGCUGGCGGCCGACUCGGCCUCGGCGGCUUCGGUGGUGGCGGCCGCCGCCGCCGCCAAGACCACCAGCAAGAACUCCAGCAUCGCCGAUCUCAGACUGAAAGCCAAAAAGCACGCGGCCGCCCUGGGCCUGUGA